CGUUGACCCGAUCGGGUGCUGCGCCGGCGCACGUACUACUUGCCGCGUAUGUAAUCUCGCACAGGAAGUUCGAUCUCGAUGUGUGAUUUUUUUUUAACAACGUGCCAUUUAUCUUCCAGUGAUUGAUUUUUAUCUUUCGUAUAUAUUUGUUAACUGUUUUAUGACGGUUAUCCAAACGGAACAGCGUCAACAUGUUUCCUCCAAAACAAUGCACGUUUUGGUGUCUCGUGCUUAUGAGUUUCACGUUGACAACUGCCGAACUCUUUACUGCAAUAUCAGAGGUCGAACCUCUCCUCGAAACGCACAAACGGAUUAUAGAUGACCUCGACGAUUACAUUCAUAAAGAAGAAGAAAGGCUGAAUAUUUUAAAAAGGCAUUUAAACAUUUAUAAGAGAGAACAUCAAAUAGCAAUGGAAGAUAUCCCCAAUUACUUGGGGAACCCUAUAAAUGCGUUUACUCUCAUAAAACGGCUAACAUCGGACUUGGAUCAUAUCGAACGUAGCAUUGAAAUCGGAACAGAAUAUAUUAAGAACUUAACGGUAAACCACGCCGACGUCAAGUAUCCGACAUUGGAAGACCUCGCCGGUGCGGCACAAGCGCUCACGAGGCUACAGGAGACUUAUCAUUUGGAUGUCGAGGAACUGGCUGAAGGUCGCCUCAAUGGUGUUAUGUACAGUACGUCCAUGAGCGCUGGCGACUGUUAUGAGCUCGGUAAAGCGUUGUACAACGAAAAGGACUACACAAACGCUUUGGCAUGGAUGACUGUAGCCUUGAGGAAGUAUAGGGAAGAAAAGCAGCCGUAUAUGUUCAAGGAAAUCGACAUUAUGGAGUAUAUUGGAUUCUCGCAUUAUCUAAUGGGUGACGUCAAAACUGCGUUAGAAUGGACAAAGAAGAUGUUGGCCAUAGACCCUAAACAUGUACGAGCGCGCGGCAAUGUACCGCAUUAUAAUAAAAUCAUUGCCGAAAAUGAGGAAAAACUGCGGAAACGGCGACGAGGCGAAACUGGCGAAGACGCAGAGGAAGAGUAUGUGAAGCCAAAAGAGAAACUUUCCGCGUACGCUAAGGAAAGAAAAGUGUACGAGAAAUUGUGCAGAGGAGAAAUGGACAUACCGCAAGAAAUCGCCAAGACGUUGACAUGUAGAUACUUGACGGAAAAUCACCCAUUCCAAAAGCUUGCGCCAGUCAAAAUGGAAUACAUGUACCGCAACCCGGAUAUUAUUAUGUUCUAUGAGGUGCUCAGUGAUGAAGAGAUUGAAUAUAUUAAAAACAUGGCGAGGCCAAGAUUCCGGCGCGCGACAGUGCACGACCCGAAGACGGGCGAGCUGGUGCCGGCGCACUACCGCAUCAGCAAGUCGGCGUGGCUGAAGGACGAGGAGAGCGCGCUGGUGGCGCGCGUGUCGCGGCGCUCGGCGCGCCUGGCCGCGCUCAGCGUCGCCUCCGCCGAGGAGCUGCAGGUCGUCAACUACGGCAUCGGCGGCCACUACGAGCCGCACUUCGACUUCGCCAGGAGAACCUUGUUGCAGAAACAAGAGAGUGCAUUCGAAAAGUUCAACGGCAACAGGAUUGCUACAGUUUUAUUCUAUAUGUCGGACGUGGCGCAGGGCGGCGCGACGGUGUUCACGGAGCUGGGGCUGAGCGUGUUCCCGGUGCGCGGCGCGGCCGUGUUCUGGCUCAACCUGCACCCGUCCGGCGAGGGCGACCUGGCCACGCGCCACGCCGCCUGCCCGGUGCUGCGCGGCUCCAAGUGGGUAUGCAACAAAUGGAUUCAUCAAGGUGGUCAAGAAUUUAUUAAGCCGUGCAACUUAGAGUAUCAGACAGAAGGCAUGCGACGCAAAAUCCCGAAACCAGUGCCUAAAUCGUCUAGAUAGGUGAACAUUUUACACGUUUUAAAGAAACUGUUAUUAAAGAAAAAACUAUGAAGUGAACGCGUCAAGGGUUUAUAGAAAAUUAGGGCUUUACUCACGGUAUCCUUUUUACUAUAUAUUUAGUACCUUAUUCCCAGUGCGACGAUGAAUUAGAUAUUUAAUUGUCAUAUUGAAAUUCCUAGUUGUAGCAGUUUAAAUAUUCGAAAAUUUCUUGCCCUAUAAUGUAUAUGUUAUAGAUUUUUAAACAAAGCUACAAAACCAAUAUAACAAUGCGAGGCUUGAUUUAUCUGUGUUUUGUUUUAAGUUCUAGAGAAUCUAAUGAUAUAUUUUAAAUAUAGCUAAUAUAAGGCCAUCUUGCGCAUUUAUUUACUCGGUUACGAUUGCACUAUUGUAUCGAAUCUUGCACUUGUGACGUGUUACUAUUUUUUUCUAAUGAAAUGAAUUAGGUAUAUGAACUGUAUUAUAUCAUUAUAUAUUCUUAAGUGGCAAUAGGUCUUAAUGAUAAUAUUGUAAUUAUUGAAAAGAUGGCUUUUCCUUUUUUAGGGUAGCAAGCAUUGUCAGUCCUUUUAUAAUAUAUACUAUAUACGUAAGUAAGAGCUAAUGAACAUUUAUAUUAUAAGUAAGUAAUUAAUUAGAACCGCUGAAUGUGUUGUUUAUAUCAAACAUUGAAACGCAUUCGUUCGUGUUAACAAGUCAAUAAAUUGUUAAAAUUUU